UUUUACUUUAAUGACUAGAAUGAGCGGACUCCGCACCACCAUGUGUUAGCUUGCUGCCGCCACUCGCAUCGUAUCCCCUCUGAACUCCAUUCUUCUCCGGAUCUUGGCUCCUCGAAGCUCUUCUUCCAUUAGCUGAUGUUCAAUGGCAUUUCUACUCCCCAAUUUCUCGCCCCCUCUCCUUACUGCCAAUAACAAUCCCAAGGAGAAGCCAUCAACCAGCUUUCAACUUCAGUCGUCGAGUUAUCUGUCGUCCUUCGCUGCCACCGCCACCGCAGCGGCGGAGCCGGCGGGUUCCAGCGCAUCUCCUUCACCUCCUCUGCUUAACAGCUCGCCUCCUCCCGCCACCAAUCUCAACCACCGCAACAAUGAUUUCUACGUCAACUUGGGGUUGGCCGUCCGGACUCUGCGAGAGGACAUGCCUUCCCUCUUCAUCAGAGACCUCAACUACGAUAUCUACAGGGACGAUAUAACGUUUCGCGACCCAACCAACGUUUUCGCGGGAAUCAGCAACUACAAGCUGCUAUUCUGGUCGUUGAGGUUCCACGGCAAGCUUCUGUUCAAGGACAUAGCUGUGGAGGUUUACAGGAUUUGGCAGCCUUCGGAUAAUGUGAUAUUGAUACGGUGGAACGUGAAGGGGAUUCCUCGGGUUCCAUGGGAGGCCAAGGGUGAAUUCCAGGGGACUUCUACCUACAAAUUGGACAGGAAUGGCAAGAUUUACGAGCACAAGGUUGAUAACUUGGCGUUCAAUUUCCCACAAUCGCUCAAGUCCGCUGGUGUUUCCAUUGCCGAUUUGGUUGCUGCUAGUCCUGCUCGGGUCAACCCGACAUUCUUGUUGUGGCACGCCGAGGACGAGAAGGAUGUCCCUGAUUCUGCCUGCUCGUGGUUCGAGUUCUACGACGCAGUGAGAGAGACUGUUGUGCGGGAAAGCUCUGAUGCUCUGCUCACUUGUUGCUCCUAGUGCUCACAUUGAAUGACCCCGAUUACUUACAGCCUGGCUUGUAAAGGAGGAGAGUGCAAGACAGUUUUUGGGCAAAUUAGCAAUGCCAAUGAUGAUGUGCAUGGAACAACGGCAGAGGUUUGGCUGCUGCUGUGUACAUACUAGUAAAGUAAAGUAUUAAGGAUGGCGGACAAGUUUAGAGGGAGAGCCUUAUUUGGCAGGAGCUAUCAACAUAUGUCUAGGGAUAUAUUCAGACGUAUUUGCUACUAUACUAUUACCAUAGAUGAAGUAUCAUACUACACUUGACUAUCCAUUGUUCCAGACGAAUUUACAUUUUGCAUUGGCUAAAGGGAAAUCAUGGUGGAUGCAUGUAGCUCGCUGUUGUUGUCAC